AUGGGCGUUGGCCAAACCGUGAAUUCUACCACGCCUCGCGUGUGCCCCCAGCAAGCCCAGACGCUCGAUCAGCUUGCCGCACACGGAACGUCUCCUGCCAACACACUCAUAUCAAACAACCUUUCUACGGGGUUAGGUAAACAGAAUGCGCCUACACUUCCACCCUUCAUCUCACCAUUUUCUGCCAUGCUCAACUUUUCAGCUGGCGAGCCCUUGAUAUACACCAUCAUGAAGAAGCUUCUAUGGGGCACCUGGGCAACAACGACUUCACCGGUAUUCGACGCCGCAGGCUCAAACUCGACGAAUACAACAAGCGGGUCUAUUCGACGGUUUCGUCAACCAUCCUGGCUUUCAGAUGUUUCCUUUUUAAACAACUUGACCCCGUACUCCACCCUGAAUAAUAUUUUAAUAGAUACUUUCGAAGGACAGAUAAUUACCCUUUCUGUUGUUAUUGCUUUUAUUCUUGUAUUUUUGAUUAGAGAAUGGGUGGUGCAGCAGCAACCUGUGAUCAAUCUUGCUGAGGCAGAUCGAGAAGCAGUUGCCCAGCUUGUUGUCGAUGCUGUAGCGAAUCACCCUGCUGGCCACCAACGACCAGAUCCUGUCGAGCAUGCCCACAAUCAGGCAGCCCAUGAUGAACCAAACGAAGAACUAAAUCAAGAAGAAAACCAAGAAGUACAUCCAGAAGAAAAUCAAGAUAUACUUGGACACCGGGACACCGGAUUUCCAGAUUGGGGCCAUCCUCAUCCAAUCGAGGCGCCUCUAUCAUCAGUCCAAUCACAACAUCCUUAUCGCACCACGGACAACUUUGAAUCACAUAGCCAACAUUGGUCUUCAGAGGUUGAAAGCAAUUCGAGCCACGUCCAUGAAGAAGACAAUAUUCCCGAGCACCCCUCCACGACUCGCGAAGCCAAUGACGAAAUAGUGGCAAAUUCUGACAGUCAUGCCAAUGCAGAGUGGCCUGGUCUUGAUGUGUUCAAAGACUUGUGGACUCGUGGUGGGAGAAAUCCAACGGAAAUAUUAAAAUUAAUCGAGGAAGAAGGACGUCAAGAAGAGCUGGCCUGGGUAAUUGCAGCAAUGCAAAAAUUGGAACGUGUGGGUGAACAGGGAUUCAAAUUCGGCGAAGUGUCUGCGAGAGAUGUGCAGGAACACAACGAAGAGCUUGCUUCAGCCCCCAACGGUUCGAUUGAUGCGCCGAUCAAUCGUGAUCACGACCUACGGUCCUUUUCACCAAGCCUCGAGCCCUUUACUCUACCUGAGUCCUUUGAUUCCGAAGAGGCCGGGCCAUCCAGACCUACUCAUACAGUUGACCUAUCAUCCCAUGCUCCCUUUAAUAAUAUCGUAGAUCACUCCUCUCUACAACAAGAAGCGGUGCGAUACUCCUCAAGCCCCUCAACUACCACUGAACAGCCCGCUUCAGAACUUGACAGCAACGAGCAUAAUCCAUUCCAAAUUGCGGAAGUUGAGCCUUUGAUAUCUCCACCUCAGCAACCACCUCCUAUAGAAGCAGUAGAUCCUCUUCAUGAAAAUCUUCUUGAUCGGGCCUCGAAUUGGUUUUGGGGUGGGGUGCCCCUUCCUCAGCGAGGAGAAGGUGACGACCAAGCAGAAGAGGACGAUGCUGGCCAUGUCAUUGAUCAACCCGCGCAAGAGGUUCCAUUCGACGCCGCACCGGACGGACAUCGUCAUUUCCAUGACCCAAUGGACCAACCUGGAUUUGCUGAUGGCCCACUUGCUCCAGUCGACCCCGACGAUGUUGAUGCUGUGGACGACGCUGAUGAUCUGGAAGGUAUCUUGGAACUUAUCGCUGCUUCGCUAUCUAUGAUCGACGGUAGCAGCCAGCGCCUUAAAGGUGUUCUCGGGGCAUUCUUCACAUUCCACGAAUCGGACUUACCCAUGUUCUCCGUUUUAUCUCACCAAGCCUUGAGGAUCCACCAAAGGCGAGUCGCAACAGUUUUCAACUUUGUAAUGAACGUUGGGAAGACAGUUCUCUACGACGUCCCAUUACUUCUCCUCGAACGGGAUUCCUUGCAACGACUCACCACAUCCAUACUUCCUCUUGAACCUAUGAAAUUGUUGAACGCAGCUGCUGUCGCUGUUGUGACCGUUGGAAAGUCUGCAUUCUUCUUUUUGGAGAAAGAAAAUUGGCCCAGCCUAAAGGUCGGCGGAGUCGAGCCAACAGUUUCAUUGUCAUUGAACCAUGAGUUGGCACAAUGGGACACUAAGGAUCGAAUCAUAGCAAUUAUAGUUGGGCCACCUCAAGAGAAUCGGGCAGAAGGGACGGUGGCUGAUGUUUUGCAACAAGCUGGUGGAGUAAUGAAGGUGAUCAUCAUCAUUGGUAUCGAAAUGAUCGUGUUCCCACUAUAUUGUGGCAUUCUGCUCGACAUUGCCCUCCUUCCACUUUUCCGCGGUGCAACAUUUGCUUCACGAACUGCAUUCAUGCUGGAUGCGCCGUUCACCUCGCUAUUCGUCCAUUGGUUCAUUGGGACUUGUUACAUGUUCCAUUUUGCCCUUUUCGUGUCCAUGUGCCGAAAGAUUAUGCGGAAUGGCGUCCUAUAUUUCAUCCGUGAUCCCGACGAUCCUACAUUCCACCCCGUACGCGAUGUUCUUGAGCGCAAUAUCACUACCCAGUUGCGUAAAAUCGCUUUCAGCGCACUUGUGUACGGUGGUCUUGUUAUCGUUUGCCUCGGCGGUGUUGUCUGGGGCUUAUCCUUGACUUUCCGUGAAGUACUCCCGAUACACUGGUCGUCCAAUGAGCCCGUUUUGGAAUUCCCGGUUGAUCUACUUUUCUACAAUUUUGUAAUGCCGUUGGCGAUUCGUUCUAUCCGCCCAUCAGAUGGCUUGCAUAAAAUGUACGACUGGUGGUUCCAUAUGUGCGCGCGCAAAUUGAGGCUGACGCACUUCCUGUUUGGAGAACGGCGUCAGGACGAGGAAGGUCGAAGGGCAUAUCCAACAUGGCGUGACUGGAUUUUCCGCAGUCGGGAUACCCUGGAAGAUGAAAGCAGUAGUAAUUUUUUUCUACGAGAUGGCAAGUUUGUGCGAGCUCCAGGAUCGGAUCAGGUUCGAAUUCCCAAGGGCAGGUCUGUUUUCUUGGAAGUUGACGAAAAUAAUGAGCGUAUUGACGGCAACGAGGAUCACGAGGAUGGCCUUCAUGGCAAGUCUAACAGUAUGUUCGCUCACGUCUAUGUUCCGCCAACGUUCAAGAUCAAGAUCGCGACAUUUAUUUUCAUGAUAUGGGUUUUCGCUGCGGUAACUGGGCUUGGGUACACCAUAGUGCCUCUGGCAAUCGGGCGACGGAUGAUUUCUUCACUCUUCCCUAGCCAUGUUCCUGUGAACGACAUCUAUGCCUUUUCUGCUGGCAUAUAUGUGGUAGGUGGAGCCUUCUAUGCGCUCGUGUACUGUCGUCGCCACGGUCUACCGGCGCUCAAUCAACGUCUGCAACCAUACCUUGCAUCCCCGAGACAAGCAUUCCCACACACAUACAACAUCCUUGUGAAACUUCUCAGUCUCCUGUAUAUUGGAGCGGCGUAUGCUCUAUUCCUCCCUUCCCUUUUCGCCUUAAUUACCGAGCUCUACGUUCUGAUUCCUCUGCACACCUACAUUCGAAGUGGCGAAGUCCACGUCAUCCACUUCGUUCAAGACUGGACGCUCGGCGUGCUAUACGUGCGCAUGGCCGUCAGACUUAUAUUAUGGUAUCGCGGCUCUCGCCCAGCCAAUGCCCUCAACGCGGUCCUACGCAACGGCUGGAUGGAUCCGGACAUUCAACUGGCUACCCGCGCAUUUAUUGUUCCUGCUACAUUGGUUGCCUUCGUUGCUGUGUUAGGGCCCUUGCCAAUAGGAGCUGUUCUAAAUUCCACGAUCUUCCGCGAUUCGCCGGCCUUGGUGCACUCCGAAGUAUACCGCUACUGUUUCCCUGUGACAUUAAUGGGGGUGCUUCUCCUUUGGGCUCUACGCCUGGCUCGAAACCAAAUCGCCAUAUGGAGGGCGAGUAUUCGUGAUGACGUGUAUUUAAUUGGAGAGCGACUUCAUAACUUCGGAGAGAAGCGGGCCAAGGACGUUGGUGUAACGCGGCGGAUGAUUACUUCAUGA